AGGAUGAUCAGAUAAUGAAAAUUGGAUUAUACAACACAAGUGGUUCUUCUUUGACACCUGAAAGUUGCUGAAAUGUGACGUUUAGGGGACAUAGUAUGGCUGUUAUUAAGUUGCCUAUUAUUUUAUUAUUAUUCAGUUUAAUUUAAUUUAGUAAAUCUUUAGUUUGUUUGUUUGUGUUUUUUGAUAUGAUGUGCUUUAAGGUAUAUUUUUCCUUGCUGUAGUCGUAUUUGUUAUUCUAAUAUUCAUAUUACCGAGCUCAUCUUCAGCACUUGAAAGCAGCAUCAGACACCACCAAAGCACAACACGUCCUUCCCCGGGAUUUUCACGCGUUCCGUUGCUAUGGAGCUGAGUUUGUUUCCUUCCUCCGGCUCAUACAAAGUGAAAGGUUGUGCUUUAAAAUAAAGUAAGGAGCUUGUGAAAAAACUCGGAAUAACCGUGACUGUCCUAGCUGUCCAGACGUGCUGGGUAUGUGGAUUGUGGACAACAUAACGUAAGAAUUUGCAAAGUUUUCCAGCAUGCCUCUCCCUGCCCCUACAAUGAGUAGCAGAGAAGCAGAGGGCCGCCUGCAGGUCCUCCAGAUCUACCGCCUGCUGCAGUGGGUCCACGAAGGGGAUAAGGAACAGAUAGAGAAGAUGGUGAACCUUGGGGUGGAAAACCUCAUAAAUCUUGCUGAGCCACAGGAUGGCACAGGGGUGCUUCACGUAGCAGUUUCGGCCAACAACCGAGACCUGGUCAGCUUCCUUCUCUCUCAUGGAGCACAACCCAACAUCCAGGACAAGAAGGGCCGCACCCCAAUCAUGUUAGCUGCUGAGCUGGGCAAUGACACUAUAUUGGCACUGUUGGCACAAAGCCAUGCUGACCUGAGGCUCGAAGACGCUGAGGGCAAAGGUGUGCUAUUCUACUGUAUGUACCCUACCAAGCGCCACACCCGCUGCUUGCAGUUGGCGCUGAGGUGCCAGGCAGAUGUCAACAACAUGUCAGCACAGGGGACUCAUGUCUUCCAGCUGAUGUGUGAAAAAGCUUCAGAGUGCACCCCCAUGUGUCUCAUCAUGCUGGAUAGUGGGACAGACCCCAAUGCAACAAACCAGAAAACUGGCAUCACAGCGUUGAUGGAGGCAGCCAAGGCAGGCUCUGUGCAGCUUGUGAGAGCCAUUCUCAAGGCAGGGGGACACCCCAACUCCCUGGACUGGAAGCGCUUCACAGCAGUGCACUACGCCGCCAUGGGGGGCUUUUUUGAGGUGAUUCAGGUGCUGUCUGCAUACUCAGCAGACAUGGGCGUGAUUAACCUUGAAGACUGUACACCCCUACACUACGCCGCUGCCACGGGCAAUGCUAACUGCUGCAAGUUCCUGGCACAGAGAGGUUGUAACCCCAAACUAAAGAACCAAGAGGGUUCGCUUCCACGUCAGAUUGCCAAAGACGCUGGUCACAAAGCAGCAGCCAAGGAGCUGAGGAAAGCUGAGAAGCAACAGGGAAAAGGCAACAAAUCCAGUGGAGUCGGCCUCAUGUCAGAUUUCUGGGCCCUGACCCUCCACGACUGGUCUAACGAGUAUGAGACUGAACUACGGCAAGAGAUUGGGGACAAAUCUGACACCGUUACCUCAGAGAUGUUUAUUUCGGUGUUAGAGGAACUAAAAGCUCCAGUAGAACCAGAACAGCUGCAAACAGUCAUUUUAGCACACGACAAGGGAAAAGAUGGAUGUGUCAACAUUAGUGAUUUCAUCAAAGGUGUAAAGUACAUCAAGAAACCUUUCCUCCUCUCAUCUUAUAUGCCGAAAAAGAAAAAGGAGAAGGGAGGAAAAGGAGGUAAGAAGAAGAAGGGUAAAUUUGAACUCCCAAUGCCCAUUUGCACCCUCCCACCGGAGCUCAUGCCCCGGCGAUCAGACGGAGGCCCACCUAACUUCAUGAUCGAGACGUACUACAACUGCUCAGACAUCUCUCGAUUCGACCAUGACCACCCACCAGAACAUCCCAUAAUGAAUGACUCGGGAUGGUACAUGGAGAAGCCAGAGAAGAUCUACGUCAACAUCAACUACUGUGUGAAAAGUGGAGAUCUGGAGUCAUUGGACCUCGCAUUCAAUCAGGGGGUUCCUGUUGAUGUUCAGGAUGAGUUAUAUAAAACCCCGCUGAUGGUGGCCUGCUCCAGUGGCAACUACAAGGUGGCUCAGUACCUCCUCAGCCAGGGGGCUGAUGUAAAUGCGUGCGACCAGUUUCUCUGGACGCCGCUGCACCAUGCGGCUCAUGCUGGACAAGUGGAACUUAUUGAUCUUCUGGUGAAUGCCGGGGCCGAUGUAGAUGCUCAAGCCCUCAGUGGGGGCACACCCCUCAUGAGGGCCAUUGAGAGCUCUCGACCCUCCUGUGUGGACUUCCUCAUCAAGGCCGGUGCCAAUGUUAAUGCGGAGAACAAGAAAGAACAAAACUGCCUUGACAUCGCUAGAGCAUUUGCAGACUCCAGGAUAAUUGACUUGGUCAAAGACAAAAUGGAUUCACAGCCUAAACCGAAGGAGGCAGGAAAGGGGAAGGGAGGCAAAGCUCAGAAAACUAAAUCUGCUAAAGAGAAGGGCGUUGCUGCAGAAGGUGCAGUGCACACAGAGACGUCGACUUCAACAGCAGGGAAGACUCCUCAGAAGGAUUCAAACAGCAUCAUCCUGCAAAACACCAGGAUCACUACAAGGAAAACCAACUCUACGGAUAUCAUCUUUGUGCCAAAGACGCUUUGGGGAAAGCCGCCCACCACCAGCCAGCUGAUGUCAAAGAUAGAGAGACGGAAGGAGCCCUUAUCCCUUGAGGUGGACUUUGACGACUUCAUGAUGCCUUUCAGCCAGAACAUCCAGAGGACGACGCUGGAGCUUGCAAAGACCACAGACUAGACUGGAAGUAGGUUAGACAGAGAGAGACACUCCACGGCCACCUGCAACAAUUAUGGAUGUUCGAUUUAUUUUGGAUUAAUCUAUUUCCAUAACAGCUUCCUUUAAUCGACACAGUUGGACAACAUGUUACUAAAUCUCUUACUUUUUAAUCCUGUCAUUUAGUAUCAGAAUUUGAAACACCAUUACAUACAGUACAUGUAUAGUUUCCAUCAUGCUAAUCUGAAUUAGGUAGAAUCUGCUUUUUAUUAACAAUCAAAUAGCAAAACAAUAAUAUGAAUUUAAAUAAUCAAUUAAAAAAUAGAUUUCUUAGGUACACACUGUUAAGUCCUGUAUAUCCACAGUGCUCAGCAGGGACUGUUUGUGUCUCUUGGCAACUGUCAAACAGCAAAAACCCAACAGAUAUAUAUAUUUGUCAAUACACUGGAACAUACUAUUUACUAAAUAUAAAGAUUUUGUACAUGAAUACAGAAUUGGUUGUUACUGUACUUUGUUUUCAGCCUGGUUCAAAUCCAGAACCAUUUAUCUGCCUAAGAUUACACAGCCAUGAAAGUUAAAUACCCUGAUAGGGCAACUGCAGUAAGACAUUAAUCACAUUACACUCGCUCAGUGUAA